AGCAGUGAUUUUGGGGGCUUUCUUUAUUGGAGAAGUCAAGUUCUAACGGGGAAGUCAAAAUGAAGACAACUGUUAGUUUGGCUUUAUUUGGCUUUGUGCUCGCUGUCGGCUUUUCAGUCGCAACAACUGAGAAUGCGUUGACCAAAAUGGCAGAUGCAUCUGAAGCAGAAAAACCUCGAGGUGAAGAAUACUUGAUAGAGAAUGAUGGAGAGCUCGUUGCGGAAGACCUAGAGGACGACGAUGAAGCAAUUCCUAGAAGGGGAUACGACAUGAGAGCGAACAAUGGAGAGUUCGACGAGGAAGACCUGCAGGACGCGGAUAUGGCAAUCCUUACAAGUGAAAACGACGUGGCAACCGAAAAUAAGGAGUUUGACGAUGGAGCAUUCGACAGUGACGAUGAUGGAGGCGAAAUGAGUGACGAAGAUGAAGUAGUACCAAUAGAAAAGUCAGCUGACCCCUCUCCCUAUAGACGCCAGUAUAAACCGUACAAACCGUACAAACCGAU